AUGUUGCUCUACUUUGUGAAUAAUGUGGCGAGCCGCGGCACCGUCGAUGCGGAAUUUGUUGUUCCUCAUCCCUCGCUACCGUUCGUUGCAUCCGUAUGGUCAAACCCGGCGCACGUGCUGGUAACCGAUGCGGAGGGGGAAUUCAUCGCGGACAGUCCACCGCUGCCCACCUCAAAGGAAAACGAGAAGGUGACCUGUAUGGCGUGGCAUCCAACUCAACCGACACUGGCAAUUGGAUGGGGAAGUGGAAGACUUGCCGCGUGGACGCUUCAACCUGUGUCUACAACACCUGCCUUGGGAGCAGCAAAGGCGGUGCCACUCGCAACAAGGAAAGAGACCGUUGCCUCACCACAACCGCCGGUGGACGCGGAUAGAGCGUUGGCGCAACAUGACGGGGGCGCCGUAACGGCGUGUGUGUGGUCCGGCGCAGGGAACUUUUUGUUGACGGCGUCGAGCAAGAUGCGUGUGGUGGUGUGGGCAGUGGAGAACAGCGCUGCUGCCACUGGCAAGAGUGGUGACGACAAUGUUGCUGCAACGAUAUGGUCAGUCUUUGUCCCGUUGUGGUCUGUUCUGACGGAAGCGGUUAUAACCCACGCAGUGCAUGCGUCACCAUCUCUUCUACAGUCUGCGCAAGUGUCCCCACAGCAGCAACAGCAACAGCAAGAGCAGCAAAAGCAAGAGCAGGGUGGCCGAGACGUCGGCCUCCCCCCGAAGGCUUCUUCCCGUCGUGAAAUGGAAGAUGAGGAUGAGUGUGUUUUCUUUCUUGGUGGUGCAGGCGAGAAGCGAAUGUUUGCAUUGAGCGAGGAACAGAAGCUGUUCCCGCUCCUCGCCCUUGAUGAGCCCCCAGCAAUGGUUCUAUACAACGCUACCGAGCGUUGUCUUGCUGUGUUGAGCGUGACCAAUUUGAUCAGUGUGUACCAAAUCUCUGAAGCUUUUUCGGCCAAGUUGCUUCUUCGGCGCAAGCUGUCGACUCCGAGUCCCAGUGUCACGACGGAACGAUUCACGUUGACGAUGCGUUGGGCCGGCUCUGGGCUUCUUGCCUUCGGCUGCGGCGAUGACCGCGUCCGCUUCUUUGACAUCCGCAGCGACAGGAUGUACGUUGUGCCCCACCCAGCACUUGCCGCAUCGCAUAUCACCCACAUUGCCACAAAGACGAAGAACGGACUGCUGGUGAUGGCGACCGCAGAAGGCCCCCUGGCAGUGUUCCAGCGCCUGGUUCCUGACCAACACAAUCUAGACUCUGCUGCAGCUGACGGGGUACCCCAUACACCACCUCAUGCCGGAUCCAGCAACGCACAUAUCAACAGCAACGGUAUCAAUAGGAGCAGCACCGAUCCCGCGGAAGAAUGGGAGCUACUAACUGUCGUUGAAGUGGAGGGCCAUGUGGAUCGCGUGAGCUUCACCACUGCUGGCCACAUCGUUGUAGCACUCGGGAACGGGAAGCUACAGAUCCUCCGUGAGACACUGCGUAAGCGUGCAUGGGACGGUGUUGCCGCAGCCACGCAGAUCUCGAUGGAAACAGUGGUGGUGGAAAGCAUUACCGGCUGUCAGUGCCUACUGAAGAGCACCUCGAAGGUGCGUGGCCUCUCGGUCGCAUUCCCCAUCAUCGGUCUGUGGAAUGGCCAGCAGAUUGACCUCUACACCGUAAACGAGUCCACAUCGACGGCGUCGCUGACGAACUUUGUACCGACAAUAAGCCCAGUAUUUGCGGUGCACCCGGAGGGUCUCUUCUUUGUAAGGGACGCCAACCGCAUUGUCUUCACCAACUUCCAACUCGUCACUAUUGGGCAGAUUGGUUUCACGGAAGCGGAGGGCACGCCGACGAUUGUUGACGUGAUGGGUGAUGUUGUUGUGGCCAUUUCGUCCACCAACGCGAUGCGCCUCGCGCGGGUGACCGGUCGCGAGUUACGUCCACUUGGCCCGCCCCGGAAGCUUCCACUCGCUGAGCACGGCAUCAUCGUGACAGACGCAAAGGUUAAUGCACAGGGGCGCCGCGUUGCCCUCAUGACCCGCCGGAUUUCAGACGAUCAGCCGGAUAGUCGCAUCUGGGUGUAUGACUGCGACACGGACCAGAUGUGCUCCCACGAUUUUGCUGAGCGGGAGGAGAUGCCAGACGCGGUGUAUUGGAACACACCAGAGCCAAACAGCAAUACAAUUGGCGAGCUUGCCUUCCUCCUUCUAGCAUGCGAAACACACCAAGUGAGAAAGAAUCCUGCCCGACAACAACAGAGACUUCAGAGCCGCACUGAUUUGGACGACGAAGACGAUAUUUGCAGCAGUACCACUAAAUCACAGAAGCGUCGCAGCUCGUUUGCCCCCUCUUUAAGUCGUGAAACGGAAGGAGUAUUGACAAAUGAAGCGAUGCCAGACCUUGAAAACUUCGCGGAGAAGAAGCAACUGAUGGAGGACCGACAGAUGAGUGGUAUUUGUGGUGUUAAUCCACUUGCCAACCGCACGCACUCUGUCGUGACACUCUUUGCCACUAACAAGGGCCUUGUCGUGCACAACGCUGUUGUGCUGAGGCGGUACCACAUCUGCCUGGUGGGACUUACUAUACCUGACUUUCUCCUUGCAUCGGUGCGUAUCAACGGCAAUCCGAGCAACCCCGAAGAUUACAUGAUUGAGCAGAAGCGGCUGCGCGAUUUUGAGGGUCUCAAAACAGAGAAGGAUGCUGCCGUGUUGGAGGCACUCAUGAAGUUUAGCUACUACUCCACCAUUGGUAAUAUGGAUGAGGCGUACCGCUGCGUUAAGACAAUCAAGAGCCCCACCGUGUGGCAAAGUCUUGCGAAGAUGUGCGUCUUCUCUGGUCGUCUUGACGUUGCAGAGGUGUGCCUUGCGCAGAUGCAGGACGGCGUCGCCGCCAGCGCCCUUCGCGAGGCGCGCCUCAAGUACCCAGAUGAGAAGGAUGUGCAUGUCGCAACUCUCGCGUGUAGUCUCGGGCUAGUAAAGGAGUGCGAAGGGCUGCUGCGCAAGGCGAAACGCUUCGACCUCAUAACAGACCUGCUCCUUGCAUGUGGCAAAUUCGAGCAGGCACAGCGGCACGCGCGACGGUACGAUCACAUCCGUACCUACCCUGUUGCAUACAAGUACGCGCAGUUCAUGGAGUCCUUCUCCAACUUAGAGGCGGCAACGAUGUGGUACUUCAAUGCCAAGUGCCUUUCUACCGAUGUUGCCCGCAUCUACUUUCAAAACAACCGCCUGAACGAGCUGCGCGAUCUGGUGUUUCCGCCAGUGGGCCGCGCAAAAGAGAAUGGGAGUCCCACCGCCGCCACUGCCUCAAAACGGAAUGAGGCUAGCAAGUCCGAGAACAAGAACAACGCCAAAGAUGAUGGCGUUAGUGGGAAGCCUUCACCAGGUGCUUCAGCAAGGGCAACCAGUACCGAAAAAACGGAAACGAGGAGCGACCGUGAUAACGAAGAGGAGGAGGUGCGGGCUACUUUUGAGAGACUCUUCUCACACAACAAGGAAUUGCUACUCUGGUGGGCGCAACACAGUGAAAGGCGGCGACAGUUUUCAGAAGCCCUGAAAUUUUACAAUCUUGCAGAGGACACCUUCAAUGUUGUGCGGAUGCUGUGCUCAGAAAAUCCCCCGCGCAUAGAUGAUGCGGUGGACCUCGUCAACAAGGCCGUGGAGAAGGCGCAAUCACAGGCCAGCAGUGCUGCAACAGCUGCAGGCGCACUAGCAACAACCGUCGAUGUGGAGCCUGUUGGUGCGGCGUACUUUGUUGGUCUUCACUAUGAGCGUACUAACGAGGUUUCGGCAGCGCUGCAGUACUACAAACACGCCGCUGCGUGGCGGGCCGCCGCACGGGUGGCGAAGGCGCAUCAACGCUAUGGAGAAUUGCUCACCCUGUCGCUCGCGAGCGAUGACACACACCUGAUGUUCGACAGCGCGACAUAUCUAGAACUAAACAACGCGUACGACAAGGCGGUAGAAUUGUACCACCGCGUUGGCGAUGUGCAGAAGGCCAUCGAAGUGUGCAUUAAGGGUGGGCUCUACGACACAAUGCACCGCAUCAGCACUACACUCGAUGCCCAAAGUGACCCGGAAGUGUUCAUGCAGAUGGCCACCCACUUCGUGGAGAGUGGGCACUACGGCAAAGCGGCAGAAAUGUAUAUCUUUGCUAAGGCCUUUCCCCGCGCGCUGGAGCUCUGUACGGAGCGUAACGUCCCGCUCACCGAUGAAAUGGCGGAGGCAAUGACGUCUGACGCCAACUGCAGCGGCAUGACGGAGGAGCAGCGCACUGCAUUGCAGCAGCAGAUCGCUGGUAUUGCAAAGGAUCAGGGGAACUGGAACCUCGCCUGCAAGAAGUACACGCAGCUGGGAGAACGAAUCAAGGCAAUGAAGAUGCUCAUGCGCGGUGGCGAUGUAUCGAAAGUCAUCUUCUUCGCGAAUCACUCCCGAAACGCGGAGAUCUAUACCCUAGCCGGCAACUUCUUACAAUCGCAGAGUUGGCACACUGAUGCGAAUAUCUACAAGCACAUUGUUCUCUUUUACACCAAAGCCAAGGCGUUAGGGAACCUCAUCUCCUUCAUCGACGCCUAUGCGCAGCUGCAGAUUGACGAAAACCGCAACUACUACGAGGCGUGGCGCGCAUUAGACGAAUGCGUGCAUGUGCUUGAGCGCAACCAUGACGCCGUGUACGGUGGAGGCAACUUCAUGGCAAAGGAAGAAGGCCUGCGCAAACGCCGAGACACCGUGGCGCUGGUCGUGAAAGCGCUAAAGCUGCUGACUGACUCCGCAAAGGACACAGCGCUCGCCUCGGAGUGCGUCGAGGUCUGUUCUGACCUCAUUAAGCGCAGCCGGCCCAGCCACCACGACAGCACCGCUAUCGCGGCGGCCAUCCGCAUAGGUGACGUCUUUGCGCUGCUCGUACGAUUCUACCAGGAGAAUGCGAAGUCGUCCAAGGACGCUCUGCGCGUGAUCGAAAGUAUGGUGAAGCACGGGGUGGAGCCACAGUUUUAUGUUGAGCGCGAUUUGAUGGAAACGGUGUGCAACGCAAAUGGGCGGAAAGUUACGGAGUUCAUAAGUGAGACCGCCGCGGCUGUGGACAAUAAAAGUGAGCGCCGUGGGAGCGCCACUGACGAGACCGUGUGA